CAGCGCGGCCAUUACGACGACGCAGCUGUCUUCAGCGCCCGCAAGAGCUGCUGUUCACUGUCCUAAAUCUGCUAUCAUGUCGACAAUGAUCACGUUCGCUGCGAACAACGAGUUCUUCAGGAAGCGGAAGCGCGUCCACCGCGCAUGUGAAUCGUGCAAGAAGCGAAGGCGAUGCAGCCAUACCUUCGACGACGAUGCCGAUGCCGGAAGCUCUACCAAAAGCGGCCACUCCGGUGGGAAUCCAACCUCAGACCCAGGGGCUUUCCAUCUGAACCAUCAUCAUCAUGAUCCCAGGGUGCCCCGAGACUAUCCUCAGAAUCAUGGGCUCCAGAAUUCUAACAUGCCCCCCCUCAGCCCGAGAGAGAACCCGCGUGCCCAGACACCCCCUAACUUUUUGGGCUAUCUGAACCCUGAGGCUGUCCUUAGGGAGCAGGUCCACUCUGUCCAUGAACGAGGAAAGUCGAAUCACUCCCCUAUUCUCCCCCCUAUUGGCCAGUGGGUCGAGGGUCAAGAUGGAAGGGCCCCGAAUCUCCCCGGUCAACCUCAAGAAUCCACGGCACGACUGAACGAGACUAGUCCUCAGACUACUCAGGAGGCCACUGUCCAGCGAGCACUUCAAUCGUACCUUGAUGCAGUAGGUGUGGCUAUACUGCCUCCUCGGAAGGACCAGGAUGCUCUUCUCGACAUCUACUUCGCCUACGUUCAGCCACUGCUUCCGAUCGUUGACAAAAACCUUUUCUCAGCCCAGUAUAGCCAACAGACAGAACCUCGUUUGUUAAUGCAAGCAAUAUGCAUUGUAGCAUCUAAACAUGGCGAUGCUGCACCACACCUGUGUCUAGAGGAUGAUGCCCGUAUGCUGCCCCGAGAGUUCUCCCAGCGGCUCUACAACGCCGUCAUUGCUGGUAUCGAGGCUAAACUAGAGAAGAAUCGAGUUGUACUGAUUCAAGUUUUGGCUCUAAUAUCACUCCAUUGCGAAGGUCCAGACGGCGCUGAACAGGCCUCCAUGCAUCUUGCCCAAGCGAUUCACCAUGCACAUACCUUUGGUCUUCAGUUUGGACACCAAUGGAAGAACCAGAAGUCAGAUUCCCAGGAGAAUCUUGAAGAUCUAUUCUGGUGCCUUUGGAGCCUUGACAAGAUAAACGCCUGCAUGAAUGGACGGCCGCUCAUCAUGCAUGACCGAGACAAUAGCUUAAGCAGGCUGCCAUCGGAUCCCGAGAAGAGAUCAAGCCCUUUUGGAGUUUGGCUUCAAAUCUCGGAAAUGCUUGACAAGGUCAUCGACUACUACCGCCCUGGUCGAGCUGUUGAAGAGACCGGUUGGGAAGGCGACGACUUCCUCGGUUUUGAGGAGAUGGUUGGAGAUGGGGAGGAUAAACUGGACGGUCCUAUCAUGAACCUCCUGUCACUAUACCACCACACCAUGUGCAUGGCCAGUCAUAAGUCACUCUCAAUCAAUGAUCCCGUCAAAUCAACCCCUUCAUAUGUUCGCCAAUCUCUCUCAGCUACCCGUGUAAUCUCGCUCUUAAACUCCGAACCUCCUGAACUACUUCCUCCCCUUCCCCUAGUCCCCUACGCGCUCUCUGUCGCCCUAUCAGUCGUAUACCGGCACUUCCGCCAACGCCGUCUGAAAGUGCACAUCAACCGCGCCACCGACGAACUCAAACAAUGUGUUGUCUUACUAAACAGAUUACGCAAUGCUUGGUGGUCCGCAGGCACCAUGGCUGAUCUCGGGACAGCCGUUCUCAACAACGCGGAUCGAAACACUAGGACCGCAAACACACCCGCUACAACCAUGGACCUAACAAGCAUCCAAAACCGGCCUUCAGAAGCCACUAAGGCGGAACCUCCCCUCACCCAACAGCCCCAACAGUCCGCCCUCUCCAAUUCUUCCUCUUCGCAAUGGCAGCAACCCCUCGACCCUUCCAACGCCAUCGAUCCGCGUCUCCAAAACCAACCCACAACCCCCAUGACCUCCCUCCUCAACUCCCUCCAAACACCCACACCAGGCCAACACCCCACCAGUAGCGAACGCGCUGAUCGCGCGCCUGCCCUUGCCCCGGCAUUCGACGCCUGGGAACAGAGUCCCGAUUGGUUGAAUUUCGACGCUGCGUUUGAGAACUUUGAGGGCUUGCUUGGCAGCUCGGGUGCGGAUUUUAGUAAUGAGCUGUUUAGGCCGCUGGGCAGUUAUGAGAGUUUGGAAGGGUUCAUGGAUGCGGGAGCUUGAGUAGAGUGAUCCACAGACAGGGGUAAUAGUUUUUUAUGCUUUUUGGAUGGACGGGGCCAUGGGGAAUUGGGAAUUGGGGGAUUUGUUCUAUGUUUCGUCCGGUCUUU